AUGUCUACCCGUACUUCGAAAGUUUCAGUCAGCUCAGCAACCCGUGUUGCUUCCAAAACCGCUUCAAAGGGCGCAAGCAGCAUCAAUACCAAAACGGUACCUGAUGAUGAAAAGGAUGCAGCUUACUAUGUUACCCCAGAAUUUAUAUAUGGGGGGCCAUUCAUUCCUGUUAAAAAACCUUCUCCAUUUAUAGAUUCAAUCACACCAAUGAAUGUACCUUUACAAGGAACGUUUACAAGGAGUUUCGCAUAUAUUUCUCUGAAGGACAAACUGCCCAUUAUAAUAACGCAAGUCAUAGACGAUUUGUCAAAAAAAGGUGGUGGGCCUGACGUUCAACAAUUUUUGGAAAAGGUGACCAAGAUGAAAAAUGAUUUGAUGACGAACAAAGAUUACGAUCUAUUUACAAUAGAUACUCCUGAAGGGGAAAAGUGGAACACUUGGAUUGAGAACCUGGUGAAUAAAAAGUAUUAUAACAAUACGUGGCUGUUUACCGAGUGUUAUGUCUACAGGAGAUUGUAUGAAGGAUGCGAAUUGGCUGACAGUCUUAAAUCGUACGACUACUUUGCGGAGAAGAAGAAACAGUCGUUUCAUGGCAAUUUAAAGCCGAUGUGUCGGGCCGCCGAGAAGGUAGUUACCAUGUUAAGUGUCAGCGACAAGGACAAACGGAAAGCUGACUUCAUGACGCUAUUAAAGUUAGCGCUUUGGGCGAACAAAUGCGACCUCUCCUUCUCGGUCGGCGCUGAGGUGACCCUGGGAGGGACGGAGGAUGAAGAGGACGAGGACGCACCACCACCACCGCCGCCACCACCUCCGCCACCACCAGCAAAGGGUAAACGCAAAUCGACGGAACCUCCCAAACCUAUAAAAGUAUCGUCUGAGCCAUUCCAGAUGAUUUUGGACUUGAAAGAUAAGCUGUUGGUGGACGACUCGGGCAAGAUUGCAGACCAGAUAGUCACGAAAGCGGAGAAUAAACAGGCGGCCAUUGACGGGAAUACAGUAUUUAAACAAAAAUGCAGUUGUCAUAGAUUAGCCAAGUCUUUCGGCGCUCCAAUUUGUGAGGAAGAGGCUCCUCCGCCCCCUCCACCCCCUCCUGAGGGGGCGACCGAGGAGGCUGCGGCGGAACCAGAAAUUCCCAAGAUCCCGUGUCCUGCCAAGAUGACGAUUCCGCAUCAUGUCAUGUUCGACAUCGUGUGUGACAAUGCAGGUUACGAGUUGUUCGCUGAUCUGUGUUUUGCGACAUUCUUAUUAGAACAGAAAAUCGUGCAAAUGGUCAGGUUCCACGUGAAGAAAAUGCCCUGGUUUGUGUCCGAUGUUACAAUGGCUGACUUUAAGUACGUCAUAGAAGCUGCUGGAACAGCAAGUUUUUCUUGUACCGUCCCUGGGCCGCCAGGACCCGAGGGUAAUGUCGAGAUGCAGACAAUAACGGCGGACAAUCUCAACUCACUAGGGAAACAGUGGUCGUCUUACUUGGAUGGGGGGGAAUUUGUCGUCAUGGACGAGGACUACUGGACCUACCCCCACCCCUACUGUGAGAUGAAGAAAUACGACUACAAUAUGUACCGGAAGCUGCAGUAUACUGUCGGUAUAUUGUUCAAAGGCGAUCUCAACUACAGGAAGUUGCUCGCGGGAAGGAAUGUCAACCCUUAUUCUGGAUUAGAACCUAACUUACAAGGCUUUAUUCCAGCACCCAUAAUAGCUGUGCGAACUGUUAAAUCUGAAAUGAUCUGUGGUCUAUCCAAAGGCAAGUUCGAUGUGUUGAAUAAACAGGACCCGAACUGGAUGCGGUCAGGAGACUAUGGUGUGAUCCAGUACUGCCCUAAGGCCGAACCGCUUAAGGUGGCGGACAGGCCGUGUCUCGACUACUGCAGCACGUGCUUCGGAGUCAUCUGUCCAGAGCAUGACACAGACAUGUAG